AAGAUAAAUAAAUAAGAAAUCUGAAAUAUAUUGAAAAUAAAAAAAAAUCUCAAGUGUUGGAGUUCAACAUAAAAUAAAUAAUAAAUCAAUGAAAAUUUUGUAAAAUUAUUCAAAAAGAGAUAAAAGUUUUAAAAAAGUAAAUAAAAAGUGCGUUUGCAGAAAAAGUGUUUGAUUUUUUUUUGUAGAAAAAAGCAAAUAAUACAUAAUUUAUACCGGAUUUUUUGCCAAAAAAUUCAGCACAAUUUUUACGAAUAUGCUAUUUGAAAAUCCCGCUGUAGCUGCCAAGCUACCCUUCCCCUACAAUGUGCCACCGCCAUUACAGGCUGCCGCCGCAGCAGCAGCGGUUCCAAAUUUAAGGUUUCAGACACCCAUAAAAGCAUUCGCCUGCCUAACAACGCCCAGCAAUCCCAUUGACAACGCUGCAGCUGCUGCCGCCGCUGCUGCUGCUGGUCUCAUUGAUCCACACAAUCGGGAUUUGCGUAAUGCUCUGGUAGCCUCCAUGAAUGGCAAUGUGGCUGCGGCCACCAUUAAUGGUUCUUUGACAACAGCGGCUGUGUUAAAAAGUGCCUCCGCAGCUGCCGCCGUAGCUGCUGCUCAGCAACAACAACAACAGCAGCAACAGCAACAACAAACAAAUGCAAAUAAUGCCUCACAGCAACAACAGCAGCAGCAACAAACUUUAAAUACCACAAAUAACAGCGCAGUUUCCCAGCAGCAGCAACAACAACAACAUACACAAGCCCAACAAUCUGCCCUGGCCAUUUUAAAUAGUGCCGCCCCCAACAGUAACAACAAUCAAACAGAUGUUGCCAUCAAAACUUCGCUAUCGGGACGUUCAACACCCAGUAACAGUGUUAGUGGGGCGGCAGGAACCGAUCCCGCACCCGGCAAACUAUUCGUAGGCGGCCUUAGCUGGCAAACAUCAUCCGAAAAACUUAAGGAAUAUUUUAAUAUGUUCGGUGCCGUCACAGAUGUGCUCAUUAUGAAGGAUCCUCUCACUCAGCGUAGUCGUGGUUUUGGUUUUAUCACCUUCAAAGAUCCCUGCAGUGUGGACAAGGUCUUGCAAGUGCCCAUACAUACUUUGGAUGGCAAGAAGAUUGAUCCCAAACAUGCCACGCCCAAGAACAGGCCACGCAAUUCCAGCAAAACCAAGAAAAUCUUUGUGGGCGGUGUAGCCCAAGACACCACGGCCGAAGAGGUCAAGGCCUAUUUCAAUCAGUUCGGCACUGUAGGCGAAACUGUCAUGCUAAUGGAUCAGCAGACCAAACGUCAUCGUGGUUUUGGUUUUGUCACCUUCGAGAAUGAGGAUGUGGUAGAUCGUGUGUGUGAGAUACACUUCCAUACCAUUAAGAACAAAAAGGUGGAAUGUAAAAAGGCUCAACCCAAAGAGGCCGUCACACCAGCCGCUCAGCUCUUACAGAAACGCAUUAUGUUGGGCACAUUGGCGCCCGGUCAGCUGUUGGGUGCUGCCCCCGGACAAUUGUUGGGCGCCCGCACCGCCGCCGGUCUCACAGCCAUGAAUCCAUUGGCUAUGCUACAGAAUCAUCAGGGUCAAUUACAGUUUCAUGCCACCACACACCAGGCCGCCUCUGCUGCCCAGCAAGCCGCCUUGAUUUCACAAAAUCCUUUCCAAGUACAAAAUGCUGCAGCCGCCGCUGCUGUAGCCGCUAAUCCAAGUGGUUUUGGUAAAUUAUUAACUACAUAUCCUCAAGCAGCAUUACACAGUGUUCGUUAUGCUCCCUACCCCAUACCCGCCACAGCAGCAGCCGCCAAUGCUUUUGCUCAAGCCCAACAACAACAGCAACAACAAGUUGCCAAUGCUCAUGCUCAUCAUCAUCAACAACAACAGAAUGCCGUAGCAGCGGCACAACAACAUACAGCUGCUCAAAACUCAGCCGCAGCAGCGGCAGCAACACAAGCCCACAAUGCCGCAGCCUUAGCUGCAGCUGGCUCAACAAAUGCCAACGGUGCUCAUGCAGGUUCGGCUGUAACAAAUCCCUUGGCUGCCGCUGCUGCGCAACAAGCAGCCUUAGUGGCUUCGAAUAACUUAAACGCCGCCACAAAUCCAUAUCAAAGUUAUGCCUUAGCAAAUGUGGAUAUGUCGAGUUUUCAAGGAGUCGACUGGAGUUCAGUGUAUGGCAUGGGAAUGUAUGUUUAAAUAAAAUCUGAAAAUCUUCCUCUAACAAAAA